CGUAAUUAGCUGUAAUUACCGAACCCCUUUUUGACCACCCGCAUUACUAUUUUCCCUCAAUACACUUCGAUAACCCUAGCUUUACCUUUUUCAUCGCCGACAAAUUCAAUUUUUCCCCCAAUUUCAAAACCUACUUCCUUUCUCCCUCAAAUCCACCUCGAUUUUUACUCGAUUUCUUCAAAUCAAUCUCCGAUUCUUCUAAUUCUUUUCUUCAUCUAUCGAUCGAUACCUUUUUUGGCUCUGUCCAUUCGGAAAAUCGAAUUCCGAAGUUAGGGUUUCAGAUCUGUUCUAUUUUCACCAGAUCUGUUCUAAUUCUCCUUUAUUUUUGUAAAUUAAUCAUUUUUUGGGUAAUUCUUUGUUUUUCUUCUUCGAUUUCUCUUGAUUUUGUCAAAAAAAUAUUUUAAAAAUCGAUUUUCCCUAUAAAUAGUUUGUGAUUUAGGGUUUCUUCUCUAAUCGUUCUCUUUUUUGUUUAGUUUAUUGAUACCCAGAAUUAAUUUCUGGUUGAUUUUAUUAUUUUGCUUUUGAUUGAAGUGUAGAGUCUAAAUUGGGAUCUAGGGUUUAGGGUUUUUUGUUAUAUUAUAAUUAUAAUUUGUCCCCUUUUUUCUCUCACUUUAUUUUUUUCAAGGAAAACGAAAUAUUUCAUUUUAAUUUCUGUUUAUCUUUAAAAUUUUGCCCCAAUUGGAAAAAAAUCCUGCCGGCUCAAUUCGACCAAGACCCUUCACAAUUAAGUUAAAUAUGGUGCAAAAGAGGCCAUUUGGUGAAGAGUUGUGUGAGGUUUCAUCAAAGCAGCCAAGGCAUGUAGAACCAAACAGUCAGCUAGUUUCAGUUUUGGACUUCUGUCCUCAUGAAGCAGUGGCUAUGAAGCCUUAUGCUUCAGGUGGAGAUGAAGAUAAUACCAAGAAACCUGAUAGUGGCAACACCCCUGAAAUUUCCACUUUUCCUGAUCAAGAUACUGAUACAUCCAUUGAUGGCUCUGCUUCAAACUCUUCUUGGCCCAUUAGUAGCACUAGUGAAGAAGACAUCAGGUUUGAGGUGCCUUUUGACUCAUUGAGGUCUCCUGAAUAUUAUCUUCCAUCCAGGACCAUUACUCAUCCAAGGGAAGUAUAUUUCUCUCUGUUGAGAAAUUCUCCUCAAAAGUUGGUGCCUAUCGGACCCGAUUUCCAAGCUGAAUUGCCAGAAUGGGGUGGGCAUGGUAGUAAGGAUAAACCCAUCGUGCAGGAUUCACAUGAGAACAUGAAUCUUCCAUCCCAAGCUCUAGAAUCAGAUCGUGUUGAUGAUUUUUCUGAUGAAAAUAAAUUUGCUGGGACUUGUAUCGUUCCAAUGCGUAACACAGAGUUAACAGCAGACCACGAGGAGAUUGCUGGAGUGGGAAGAGCUGAAUGUUCUUGUGAGGACGCAGGUUCCAUGAGAUGUGUUCGGCUACACAUCAUUGAAGCCAGAGAAAAACUUAAGAUAUCCCUUGGUGAGGAGACAUUUGUUAGGUUGGGUUUCUGUGGUAUGGGAGAGGUAGUGACAGAGAAAUGGUGUGAAGAGGAAGAGGACUUAUUUCAUGAGGUUGUGUUCUCAAACCCUGCUUCUUUAGGCAGGGAUUUCUGGAACAAUCUUGCUAGUGCAUUUCCUUCACGUUCCAGGAGGGAACUUGUCAGCUAUUACUUUAACGUCUUUAUUUUGCGAAAACGUGCCAAGCAGAACAGAUUUGACCCGUCCAACGUCGAUAGUGAUAAUGAUGAAUGGCAGGAGAUUGAUGACACUGCUGAUGAUGAAGAUAAAAUGACGGAUGGAGAUGAGGAUUCUGUGGUAGAAUCACCAGAAUAUCAAAAUGAUUUUGGCUGCAAUGAGAUUUAUGGGGAUGAUAAACAGGCAUAUGAUGAGAAUGUUGGUGUCGCGACCUGGGAAGUCUAUAAACCUGUAGGCUUUGGUAGCAGGAAGGUGUUCACUGAUUUAUCAGCAGAAUGCCCUGAUAAGUUAUUUGAUACUAACAGCAGUUUUACACCCAGUAUUCAGCACCUAGACAGAGGUGUUUCAAAUGAAGCGAGUAACUAUUAUGGCUCCCAUACGCGUGACGCACCUGGCGGUGCUCCGGAAGCACCUCUUGGAAGGACUGUCAAUGGUAGACAUUGGGCAAGUGAUUUUGCCAGUAUUGGCCGUGACAAUGGGCAUGACUUUGUGUUGGGACCGUGCAGCGCUAAAGAAUGGGAUAUCGGGUAUUUGAGCUGUGCCAAGAGUGAAGUUGACUUAUUACCAACCCACACUAUGAUUGAAGAAGUCUUUGGAGAUGGAGCCUGGAGUUACAAGAGCAGAGAUGGUCACAGCUUAAACUAAGUUUUGCUAAAGUUCUGCCAAUGUCGUCAUCUGAACUUCCUGAAGACGCUUCGUGCUGAGUAUACACACGUUCCUAUUUUUCUUGUAUAUCGUAAUGAUGGAAGGAGGAAAUUUUUACUCAGAUGUAAAAAAUUAUUUUGCAAGGGUAUUACAUGAGCCGAGGUAUGCUUGGCCUAUUUCAAUCUGUACAGUUGCUAUUAUUUCUUUAUUUAGCACCAAUCCGUGUUUCUGUAGAGGAACUGCUUUGAGUUUUGACUUAUGGUAGGUGCUUAGGAUUUGUGUAAAUACAAAUUAUGGUAUGACCAAACUAUCCAAAAUGGAAGAAUCUCUUAAAUUAUGGGAUUUGA